AUGGCCACUGAAGUGGACCAAGUGGUUUGGUCUCUCCUGUGUGCCUUCGGGUCCUGGUACAACAGCUCUGGCCAGGCGGAGAGACAUAGCAGGAUCUCCUCCGAGACACACAGCAACACCUCAUACAAUGACACCUUCCAGAGAAAGGUGGCGCUGUUCACCCAUGAAUGGCAUGUCUUCCUCCCUCAGCACCACUCCAGGGCGUUUCUGAUUGGCCCCAUCCUGGGGUUCCUGGCUGUUUCUCUGGUGAUUCCUGGGAUACUCGCCCAGGUCUUUAUUAGCCCCCGGAUGCGCCAGGAGAGCCGUUACCUGCUCCUGGCCAACGCACUGCUAAGCGACCUUCUGUUCGUCUCACUCUUUAUGGCGAGCACCUGUCUGAACGUGGCGGGCGUUUUGAUGUCAGAGUGGUCGUGCGCUGUGCUCCUCUUCCUCCUGGGGUCGCUGUACAGCGUGGGAAUCCUCAGCACCAACGCCAUGGUGCUGGACACCUCGCUGGCCGUGCUGGCCCCACUACGCUACUACGCCCUGUGGCCCGUCUGCAGGACCCAGAGGGCCAUCGCCGGCAUCUGGGCUGCGUCGCUGUUUCUGCCCGCAGCGUUCGUGGGGGUGUUUCUGUGGUACCACUCCACCGAGCCCUGCUCCAUGCACAUCUGCUCCCUGCCCCUCCUCAUGGUCCUCACCGUCAGCCAGUCCACUCCCAUGCAGGUGUCCAUGCUCCUGACGGUGACUGGCGUCCUCCUCAUCCUGCUCCUGGUGUUCUGCGGCUAUGUGGUCCUGUGCUGUCGAACCAGCAUGUCCGGCGUGUGGAAAGGGGAGCACUUCUCCCGGGCUAAGGGCACCUUCCUGAUCCACUACCUCCACCUGUUCCUGUCCUUCCUCCCCAUGAUGGUGGUGCUAAUCAAGCUACUGCUCUACUGCCACCUGGACGCCAUGGACCUGCGUGCCGACCUGUGGGUGUCUAUGGUGGUUUGUAACAUCCUCCUGGUGCUCCCCAAAGCCUUGGCCCCCUACAUGUACGGCCUCAGGUACAGGGACCUGCGUGGGGCUCUCUUGUCCUUCUAUGGGCUGAGGCGUCCCACUGCUACCUGCCCUGCCAUGUGA